UUCCAAUGUCCCCUUCUUCUUAUUUUCUUUCCCCGUGGUUGGUUGCACAGAAAGUGAGAGAAAGUUUUACUUUUGAUUUUGAAACUCCGAUGAGAAAACCUUGCUGCGAUAAACAAGGCACCAACAAGGGAGCCUGGUCCAAGCAAGAAGAUCAAAAGCUCAUUGAUUAUAUACGUAUACAUGGUGAAGGCUGUUGGCGUUCCCUCCCCAAAGCCGCAGGUUUGCACCGUUGCGGUAAAAGUUGCAGGCUGAGAUGGAUAAAUUACUUAAGACCAGAUAUCAAACGUGGUAACUUUGCUCAAGACGAAGAGGACUUAAUUAUCAAACUCCAUGCUCUCCUUGGUAACCGGUGGUCACUGAUAGCUGGUAGAUUACCAGGAAGAACAGAUAAUGAAGUGAAGAACUAUUGGAAUUCCCAUAUAAAGAGAAAGCUAAUGAAGAUGGGGAUCGAUCCUAAUAACCAUAAGUUGAACCAAUAUCCUCAUCAUGUUGGUCCCCUUAACCCCACCACCACCAACUCCAUGGAUGUGGCAUGUAAGCUUAGAGUGUUUUCAACAGAAAAUGAUGAUGGGGUCUCAGAUGCUGCAAGUUAUCUCGAAGACGAAACACCGCCCACUGGUAUAUCCAACUUGGACCUUGAUCUCACAAUUGCUUUUCCUUCGAGUCCUAUCAAGAAUAUUAUUGAAGAAAGCCAGAAGAAAACAGCAUCUAUUGUAACAAAUGAUGAAGAAGAACAAUAUACAGUCCCUACCCUUCUUCUUUUUAGAUGAGACAAAAAAAAAAAAAAAAGAGCCUCACACAUGUGGAGAUUCGUGCAAAAGACCUAAAGGCUUACGAAGGCAACAUGCAUGCCAUUGUCAAAUUCUAUUGGAUGAUGGAUUGAAACCAUAUGCUUGUCCAUUAGAAAGGAGGAAGAUAAGCUAAAACUGUAUUAUUGUGUAUAAAUUUGGUAGAAAGAAAGAUUUCAACUUAAGAAUUAGGAUCAAAUAACUGAAUGAAUGAACCAAUUGCAGAUAAGUUGUUUGGAGGUUUUCAGUCAACUUAUCUGCAAUUAAUUUGGUGGAGCUGAUGUAGGAUGAUGAGUUCAUCGUACAUGAACUGAACCUUUGAUAUUUCAGGCUCUAAUUUUCUGUUUGUAUGCGUAAAGAUAUUCGUCAAUGUCAGAUCAGCUAAAAUGAAUGUGUGGAA